UAAAAAAUAUCAAACAUGGCGUCACAUUAAAAAUGUCUUCUUCUGUCUUCUCGUAGAAUUUUGUUAUUUGAUUCUGUAGAUUUAUUACAUUUCUUAUUUAUAAAAACGACGGUGUGUGUGCAUUUUAUAACAACAAAAUACCAAUAGAUUUAUUCAAAAACACAACAAAUAACCAAAAAAUGAAUAAGUUUCUAAGUUAAAUCGAGUGCAAUCGCAAGAAUGGCAUUGGUGACAGUGCAAAGAUCGCCUAGUAGUGUUACUGGUUCUCCACAAUGUUCCAACUCGGAUGGCGAGGCCGACGAAGAGGAUGGUGUCAAAUAUGAAAGAAGUGAGUGCUUCUUUGCUGGUAAAGGCACGGCAUUGGUAUUGGCCCUCAAAGAUAUUCCCCAAUAUGCCGAGCGUCGGCUGAGUACUGAUUCAACAAGGUCAACCAAUAGUACCCAAAGCAAUAAUUCAGAUAUUCAACAGCAUUUGCAGUCCAUGUUUAAUCUCCUUAGACAUGAAGAAACUCUUAAAAUGGCUGUUAAACUGGAAUCCCAGCGACCUAACCGUACGCGAUAUCUAGUAAUUGCAUCUCGAUGUUGUUUGCGAAACGGUUCCGAGAAAAAACCUCGAAUAGGAUCUCGGUGUCAAUCAAAAUGUGGCAAGCAACAAAUAAACGAUACUAAAACACAUGAUCAUCACCUUCAUUCACAACAUCAGAAUCAGAGUACCAAUGAAAACAAGCAGCAGCAACAGCAACAGCAGCAGCAACAACAACAACAACAAGAGUUGAAUCCUUCUCUAGAGGCGGAUGAAUUGUUGGACAAAAGACGGGCCGCCAUGAGCAAUCAAUUGCUCUCGACAAACCGUUGUUCAAAAUCCGAUUCGGAUAAAUAUGAAUCUUGUGCAGAGGAUAUAGAAGAAUCUUGCUUAUUAGGCAUAGACUGCAAUGAGAACACCACUAUUGGUCUGGUUGUUCCAAUACUCGCCGAUACAACAAUUCAUUUAGAUGGUGACGGGGGAUUUAGUGUAAGUGUUUUUGGGAAAACACAUAUUUUUAAACCAGUUUCUGUUCAAGCAAUGUGGUCGGCGUUACAAACGCUUCAUAAAGUAUGUCAAAAGGCUCGUGAGAAUAAUUUUUAUCCGGGUGGACCAUCGCAUGAUUGGUUGUCAAAUUAUGAACGUCGUGUUGAGUCCGAACAGUCAUGUUUAAAUGAGUGGAAUGCCAUGGAUUCUAUAGAAAGUAGACGUCCCCCAUCGCCUGAUGCCAUAAGAAAUAAACCCAGAGAAAAGGAGGAAACACAACGUGUUAUAAAGAUGAAACUCAAAGAAAUCAUGAUGUCUGUUGAUUUAGAUGAGGUUACAUCGAAAUACAUUCGGGGCCGUCUGGAAGAUCAACUGGACAUGGACUUGGGCGAAUACAAAUCUUUUAUUGACGAAGAAAUGCUCAUUAUUCUUGGUCAAAUGGAUGCACCCACAGAAAUCUUUGAACACGUUUACCUUGGAUCCGAAUGGAAUGCUAGUAAUUUGGAGGAAUUACAAAGAAAUGGAGUUCGACAUAUAUUGAAUGUUACCCGUGAAAUUGAUAAUUUUUUCCCUGGCAUGUUCGACUACUUCAAUGUCCGUGUGUAUGAUGAUGAGAAAACCAAUUUAUUAAAGCAUUGGGAUAACACAUUUAAAUACAUAACGCGUGCAAAAUCGGAAGGCUCAAAAGUACUUGUCCAUUGUAAGAUGGGCGUUAGUCGAUCGGCAUCGGUGGUAAUCGCGUACGCCAUGAAAGCAUAUAACUGGGAGUUCCAUCACGCUUUGCAGCAUGUCAAGGAACGCCGCAGUUGCAUUAAACCAAAUAAAAAUUUCCUUUCGCAAUUGGAAACCUAUCGAGGGAUGUUAGAUGCUAUGAAAAACAAGGAAAAAUUGCAACGCAGCAAGAGUGAGACGAAUUUGAAAAGCACAAAAGAUGCCAGACUACUACCGGGCAGCGAACCUACACCACUCAUUCAAGCCUUGAAUCAAUCCAAAAAAUCGGCUAACGAAAAGCAACGUAAAUUGCUUAGACGCUCCAGUAGCACAUCACCAAAAAGCAUUCAAAGCGCCAUCGUUGUGAAACAACAAAGUCAAUCGCUGGAGAAUCUCACUCCGGAGCGCAGUGUGGCCGAUGAGCCAAAGAACGUUCGAUUUCCCGGUAGCAAUGGAGAAAAUUACAGCGUCACACAAAACCAGGUUUUGCAUAUACAAAAGAAUACUCCCACAACAUCGGUUAAAACAAUUAUCGAUGGUCUAGAAUCGAAUGACAAGAAAACUGCAGACGACAGGAAAUCUCUCAACUUACAAAUUGGUCGUUCCAUUUCUGUGGAAGGAAGUGGCGGCGGGAGUCGAGCAAACGCGGAGAAUACUGAUGAAGUGCUUAUAAGUAGUAAAAAUCUUGGUAGCCCUGUGUGGACCUCUUCGGCCAAACUCAUCACUCAGACGUCGAAUAUCCAAUCAGCAGUGAACGAUGGUGCAUCCACAACAAGAGUAAUCCACCGGAAUUCAGGCCGUCAUCUCCAUCGUCGAGAGACUGGCGAUUUGUUCUCAUCGCAUGUUGACAGUGUGUUUGAGAAGGAAGAGCCAAGGCAGACACGCAAAACGCACUCAUGGGCUCCCAACAGUGUUGUAAUAGAUCCAUGCAUAUCGUCAAGACAAAGCUCUAACAGCAGUGUGGAUUCGACAAUUUAUGUGAGCUUUCCAAGUGAACGACGUGAACUUCCCUCACGUCAUUCUUCCUGGGGUUCGGGCGACAACCGUGUAUUGCCAUCGAGGAACAGUUCGUGGGGUUCGUACGACACCAACCGAAAUACAUUUCACCAUUCUGCUAUUUUUGAGGGUCAAAUUCAAAAUCUGUCUAACAAGACUGCCAAAAAGGACGACAUUGCAUGCAAUACAGGGACGGUUAAGAGGACAAAACAAAAACUCGAGGAGUGCACAGUAUUAAAGAAACGAUGUCAGGACAAUACAAAACAACAACAACAGCAUCCGAAUCCUCAGCAGCAGCAAUGCCAAACGCAAACCACCAAUCCGACAAACUGUACGACGACAUUGACGACAACAAUUACCACGACCAGCGGUAGCAUUAUGCUUAAUCCACCAUCAUCAGCUAAUAGAUCUUUAAGUAGCAGUAGUUGUAGUAGCAAUAGUAAAAGAAACUCGAAUUUAUUCCGUAGUCAAUCUGCCACCUCGCGACAGCGUUAUCAUCCAAAUCGUUGCAACAGCGAAGAAAUAAUCCUUUCCGAUGCUGGUGGUUGUGGUGGUGGUACUGACGUGCCCCAGGAAUUAUCUGCUUCGGCUCCGGAUUCAUACACAAUGAGCAGUGACAUGGAGAGUGUCGUUUCAGAUGUCUCUAAUCGAAGUUCAACAAAGGAAGACACCACCGCCAUCGACGAAAAGAUUUCCGGAAAUGUACAAACUCUAAAGAAAAGCUUUGAAGCCAAAGCUACUUCUGGUACAGGGCCAAUGAAGGGUCAAUCGUUGCCAUCAUCGCCUGUAGCGCAACACUCGAGCGAUCACGCCACAAGUGAUGCCAGUAAUCAGGACACCACCACCGCUCCAGCAGUCGCUGAUAACUCGCUUACUAGUUCUUUAGUUGUUGAAGCGGUGGUAGCCACAACUACAUCGUCGCCCAGCUCAAUUCACCUAAGCAGCACUAGCAUUAUAACUAGGGAAUCCAAAGAUCGAAAUGUUAAAGGUUUAGUGAACAAAUAUCAAUCAAGCAGAUCUCAUUCGAAUCCACACCACCAUCACCACCAGCAUCAGCAUCAGCACCAGCACCAGCACACACCAUCGUCAUCAAUACCGCCAUCGUCGGCAACAAACACAACGGCAAACAGUGGAAGUGGCGGCGUAGUCGGAGCAGGAAGCGGAGCUGGAGGUGGAGGUACACUACCGUACAAAGCUCGUCCUCGUUCCUAUUACGAAAAUCGAAGUUACUGCUCAUCGGCAACAUCAACAAUGGCCGCCACCCCGCAUCAUCACCAUUUCAAAGAGCCUGGUUCUAUCGGUGGAAAAGUGCACCAUGACUACACAAAUGCAAGGCCUCCGGUACCCCCGUCGACCAGAAAUCAUUCAACCCACACCCAUACCGACACCACCACACCCACACACCACACAACCAUGACAGAUAGCAUUUUAACUCAAAACCUGAGCUGCAACUAUCGACGAGUGCAACAACACGGCAAAACUCAUCCUCUCGCUAGACUUAGUUUACCAAAGCAACGCUUCAACGCAGCCGCUUAUAAUACAAUGUGAACGUGAAGCCAAAAAUAAUUUCAGUAUGUCUUCACUUCAAAUACAUCGAGUGAGGUUACAAAAACAACAAAAACUCAAACGCGACAAACACGCUUAUUGUUUGACAAAAUUGAUUAUCUGACUUCUCUCUCGCUACUGCAACUGCAACUGCUGCCUUUUCGCAUUGCUCUCCAUUAUUUUACUCUUCACUCGCGUUGCGCAUCCUAUCCCUUGCCCACCCUCUCCUAUUUUUUUCUAUAAUAUAUUAUAUACAUACAUAAAUAUCCCACAUACCCUAUGUAAAUGUAUAACAUUGAUUUGUUUACUCUUAAUAUUAUAUAAAACAAAAACAAUUAAUUAUUAUUAUAUUUUAAAUUCAACCUCUAGCGCUUACCUAAUUGUAAGAAAAUUAUUAAAAGAAAAGAAAACAAAACAACAACAAAACAACAAAAAGCAAAAGCAAACAAACAACAAAAACAUACUUGUAUAUAUUGUAACAUUUUCUAUUUUUAUGUUUGUAUAAUGAAACCAAUGGUUUUAAUUAAAAACUCCAACUGAAAACAAGAACAUACAACAAA